ACCUGCCCCGGCCGCUCUGCUCCUGACUUCUGCCCUCACUCCAGCGCGGGAGGAGCCAUGGGGCGCUGGGCCUGGGUCCCCAGCCCCUGCCCCCCGCCUGGACUGUCGCUGCUGCUGCUGCUGCUGCUGCUGGCGCCUCUCAAAGCCCAGCCCCAGGCUGGAAGGAACCACACGGAGUCCCGAGAACCUAAUGCCACAGUGACCUCCAGGACCCCCACUAUUCCUGUGACCUCAGUGACCCCCACAACCUCUCCUGCGAGCACUCCAGAGGCAGAGGGUCCCCGUGGUGGGGGGCUCACCUCCCCGCCCAGGGUGGCCCCCUCCGGCAGCAGCCCUGGGGGCUCAGCAGUGCUCACCGAGGAUGGGCAGCCCUGCCGGUUCCCCUUCCGCUUUGGCGGCCGCCUGCUCCAUUCCUGCACGUCGGAGGGAAGCGCCCACAGAAAGUGGUGUGCCACGACUCACAACUAUGACCGUGACCGGGCCUGGGGCUACUGCGCGCAGGGCUCCACGCCCCGGGAGGGCCCAGCGGCUCUGGAUCCCUGUGCCUCCAGCCCCUGCCUCAACGGGGGCUCCUGCACCAACACCCAGGACCCCGGCUCCCACCACUGCACCUGCCCUGUGGGCUUCACCGGCAAGGACUGCGGCACGGAGAAAUGCUUCGACGAGACCCGCUACGAGUACCUGGAGGAGGGCGACAGCUGGGCCCGCGUGCACCAGGGCCACGUGGAGCAGUGCCAGUGCGCGGGGGGCCGGGUCCAGUGUGAGGACACACGCCACACAGCUUGCCUGAGCAGCCCGUGCCUGAACGGGGGCACCUGCCACCUGAUUGUGGCCACCGGGACCACCGUCUGCGCCUGUGCCCCGGGCCACGCUGGGAGGCUCUGCAACAUCGUGCCCGCCCAGCGCUGCUUCGUGGGGAACGGCACCGAGUACCGGGGCGUGGCCAGCACGGCAGCCUCGGGCCUCAGCUGCCUGGCCUGGAACUCUGACCUGCUCUACCAGGAGCUGCAUGUGGACUCGGUGGGCGCCGCGGCCCUGCUCGGCCUGGGCCCCCACGCCUACUGCCGGAACCCCGACAAGGAUGAGCGGCCCUGGUGCUACGUGGUGAAGGAACACGCGCUCUCCUGGGAGUACUGCCGCCUGGCGGCCUGCGAAUCCCUCACCAGAAUCCAGCUCCCACCCGACCUGGCCCUGCUGACGGUGCCUGAGGCUGCCCCCGCUGCGCGCCAGACCUGCGGCCGGCGGCACAAGAAGAGGAACUUCCUCCGGCCUCGCAUCAUCGGGGGCUCAUCCUCACUGCCCGGCUCCCACCCCUGGCUGGCCGCCAUCUACAUCGGGGACAGCUUCUGCGCGGGGAGCCUCAUCCACACCUGCUGGGUGGUGUCUGCCGCCCACUGCUUCUCCAACAGUCCCCCAAGGGAGAGCGUCUCCGUGGUCCUGGGCCAGCACUUCUUCAACCUGACGACGGACGUGACACAGGCAUUUCGCAUUGAGAAGUACAUCCCGUACCCCCUGUACUCGGUGUUCAACCCCAGUGACCAUGACCUUGUCCUGAUCCGGCUGAGGAAGAAGGGGGACCGCUGUGCCGUCCGCUCCCAGUUCGUCCAGCCCAUCUGCCUGCCUGAGCCCAGCAGCCCCUUCCCCGCGGGACACAAGUGUCAGAUCGCGGGCUGGGGCCACCAGGACGAGAACGUGAGCGGCUACUCCAGCUCCCUGCGGGAGGCGCUGGUGCCCCUGGUGGCCGACCACAAGUGCAGCAGCCCCGAGGUGUACGGGGCCGACAUCAGCCCCAACAUGCUGUGCGCUGGCUACUUCGACUGCAAGUCUGACGCCUGCCAGGGGGACUCAGGGGGACCCCUGGUCUGUGAGAAGAACGGCGUGGCCUACCUGUACGGCAUCAUCAGCUGGGGUGAUGGUUGCGGGCGGCUCAACAAGCCCGGCGUCUACACCCGAGUGGCCAAUUACGUGAACUGGAUCAACGACCGGAUUCGGCCCCCUAAGCGGCCUGCAGAUUCCCCCUGAGACCCCACCCCCGGGACAUGCUGCCUCCUUGCCAUUCCCUGCCGGCUGGCAAUAAAGCUGCUCCCAAGAGCACAGCUUGCCCAGCCUGGCCGCUGCCCCGCCCAGCCUCCCUUCCAAGGCCGACCCAGGCCUGCACACACCUCCCCUGCACGAGCUACCUCUAAUCCUACCCCCGCCCCCCAGGUGUUGAGUGUGGGUCCGUUAAAGAGGUGCCAGCUUUGCAUUCCUGAGUGAACUGCUGAGUCAGAGUGUGAGCCAGGCAUCGUCCAUGUGCCCGCCCCAGGCUUGUUCCCAGCCCAGGAGAUCAGUGAACUCUGUGCCCAGUGGGUUAUGGUGGGGCCUCAGGGAGCCCGGCAGGAGGUCCGAGAAGGAGCCGAGUGAGAUGGAGUAUUGAUGUCCCUGGCUCCCUCCUUUUGGGGUCACCUCGGUGUUACAGGUUGUACCCUAAAACCUGUAUGUUGGCGUCAGGACGUCAGAAUAGGACUGUUUGGAGAGAAGACCUUCACAGAGCGACCAGGUUAGCAUGAGGUCAGGGUGGGCCCUGAUCCAACACAAUGUGUCCUUAUAAGAGAGGAAGAGGGGCCAGGCAGACGGAAGGAAGCCGGUGUGACGUGCCACCUGGGGAGGCGGCCAUCUGCAGCCAAGGAUGGGCCUGAGCAGCUCCCCCCCUGUGGACACCUCCAUCCGGGACCUCUGCCCAGAACCUUGAGAUGCUGUGUCCGCUGCUUAAGUCCCCAGUCUGUGGUGCUUUGUUACAGUGGCCGAGUACACCGGUACACCCAGACCCCCACCGACGGUCACUCCCCAAACACGCACAUGGCUCUGGACAGUUGUGGUGACUCACCCCCCCUCACCCCCUAGUCUGAAGGAGCCAGGGCAGCAGAUCACCCCGGGGCCCCCCACAAUGAUACCUUGUGAAUAAACCCGUCCGACUUGUCCUGUCA